AUGGAAUGGAAGUUGAAGUUUCCGAAUGCAGUGGUGCACAGGCUCACAGAGUCAGGCUCGGAUCAUGCUCCAAUUUUGAUGGAAACCGAACCUCAAUCCUGGCAUAGUAAAAGGCGGUUUAAAUACCAGGAACGUUGGUGUGGAGAAGAGGAUGUCAAGAGAAUUGUCAGUGAAGUGUGGAGAAUGGAAGUUGUAGGCUCGGCUAUGUUCUCUUUGGCCCAAAAGUUGAAAGUUUGUAGACAUAGACUAGUUCAAUGGCAGAAAACUCACAAAGCAAACUCCCGAAAAGAAAUUGAGGACCUUCAAGCUAAAAUAGAGGAGUUGCGGGUGGCUGGAAUCAAUGGGGGAGAGGAGGUUACCAGUUUGGAAGAGAAGUUGGAGCUAGCAUAUUUGAAAGAAGAGAGCUAUUGGCGAGAAAAAUCUAGAAUCAAGUGGCUAAAAGAAGGAGAUCAGAAUACUAGAUUCUUUCACCAGAAAUUUCAAUCAAGAAUGCGAAGGAACAGAAUUUGGAGAUUAGUGGGGAGGGACAAUGAGAUUGCAUCGAAACCGGAGGAUAUUGCAAAGGUAGCUGAGGACUACUUUUGCGAUAUUUUUACUUCUUCUUGUUCGGCUGAUCCGAAUCCAUACUUAGAGGAUUUGGAGUCUAAGGUUACAGCUUCCAUGAACCGUAGGCUCCAAAGGCCAGUAACUAUGGACGAGGUCAAAAGAGCUACAUUUAGUGUUCAUGCUCAGAGUGCUCCUGGUUUUUGUGCAGAAGGACUUUCCUUCUUGCUACACAAGGCAGAGCAAAACAGAUUAAUUCAAGGAGUUCAAGUUAAUCGGAGAUGCCAAACAAUUAAUCACCUUUUGUUUGCUGAUGAUUCAAUCUUUUUUUGCAAGAGCGCACCUAAUACAAGCCAAAGCAUUCUAGAAUUGCUAGAGACCUAUGAGGGUUUUAGUGGGCAAAAAGUCAAUUUGAAUAAGUCGGCUAUCUUUUUCAGUCACAACACUCCUCAGAACACAAGACUAGCAGUUGCUCAGACACUAAAUAUUGAACAUAUCGGAGCACAAGACAAAUACCUGGGACUGCCCUCUAUAGUUCAAAAAUCAAAGAAAGCAACCUUUGGAGCUAUCAAGGAUAAAGUUCAGAAGAGGAUUAUGUGUUGGAAAAGAAGUAUAUUGUCAUCAGGUGGCAGGCACACGCUAUUGAGAGCGGUGGGGGAGGCGAUUCCUAUUUAUACAGUCUCUUGUUUCAAGCUCCCGGACACGCUGUUGACUGAGAUUCAUAGCAUGCUCUCGCAAUUUUGGUGGGGUCAAAAAGGCGUAGAACGAAGAAUGGUUUGGAUUAAAUGGGACACAAUGACGAGACCAAAGAAAGAUGGAGGGCUGGGGGAUCAAGGAUCUAAGGGCGCAAAAUUUGGCUUUAUUGGGCAAGCAAUGUUGGCGUCUAAUGAAAUACCCUAA